GGCUAUUUUAGUAUUGAUAUUUAACUGAAUAAGUUCGAAAAAUGGCAUUAGGUUUUUUAAUUCCGAAAAAUUUCAUAUGUCGCUAUUCACUACGCACUGGAGCUACUGUGUUUGGGAUACUUAUGAGCUGUUUAAUGAUAGUUUCUUGCAUAGCAACGUUAAUCCAAGUGUUGUCUAUGGACAGUCGUCACUCCUGCGGUGGAUUCCCCUGGAGAAAUGCAUAUAGCUUCAGUAUAACAGCUGUGUUAUAUUCUUUAAUCAUGCUCGCUGUCAACCUCUGGUUUAUCUGGGGACUUAAGAAGGAAAAGGCAUCUGUGGUAUUAAGUUGGGUUGUUAUCACUGCAACUUGGUUGAUCCAAUUACUCUGUCUCAUGAUUGUACUGCUCUCCAUGUAUAGUAAGGAGGCAAACUUUUCUGCAUGGUUGUUCAGUAUUAUUUUUACUAUCAUCGGUUAUGGCAUACUUCUAUACGGUUGCCUAAUUGGUUACGCAUAUUGGUUAGAAUUAAAAAAUAAACGCAGACCAUCAACACCGGAAAUCGACGAAUAAAAUAAAUUUGUCAACUUAAUAAAACUAUUGAAUUUCUUAACAAUGCAGUUCGACUCACAAGUCUUUUAUUAUUAUAUAAUUAAAUCUUAUCCUGUUUAGAUUAGGCAGAAACAACAUUAUUUUUUUAUAAUAUAAGGGACAAAUG